AUUUCUCAUAUGCUUUAUAGCUAAGACUUGAAAAACAAGGCAUCUGCAGUUAUAUCUAACACUAAUUUGGGAUGGUAAUAGACCGGCAUAAUCUGUGAAUGUCUCUAAGAUCGAUAUGAAAUUGAAAUGAAGUAUUCGAAAGCAAUUGAAAAAUUGGCAACAAAAUUGGCUCCGAUCAAUGAAUUCUUCAGUGCUUCUUUUGGAAUCAGGGCAUAAUUAUCAUCUCAAUUUGCUGAGGAAAUAAAGGGAGAAAUAGAUAUAAUGAAACAAUUAAUAGUUUAAUAGAAAGCAACCUAGUAUUUAGAUUAUGUCAAAUUGUGGGAUAGUCAAUUAUAAUCGAUAAGAUCAAAUCUUAAAGCAGCAGAAGGAUACCUCAAAAAUAAGAAGAGAGAAUAUGAAAUCGAGGGAACUUUGGAACUUGCAUAUUCAGCCUGCCAACCAGAGAAACUAGAAAAAUAGAAAAACAAGUAUUAUUAGAUUCGAUUGUUAGGGCUGCUGCAUGUAAGAAAGAGUAUCAAUAAGCAAAGGGGAACUACUUAGAAUUGAAAUAGGAAAUGGAACUGUUGUUGAAAGAGCAAGAAGCAGAGGCGACCCUAGAUCAACUCUAACAAUUAAACUUAUAGAGACUCAAUGCAGUUAAGGAUUGCAUACUAAAAAUAUUUGUCUAUGAGUCUUCUAUUGCGAAAAAUCACUUAUAUGAUUUAGAGAAGAUGUCUGAUGUAAUUUUGAAUAUUAUUAAUUCAGAGACUUCAUGAUCAAGAUUAAAACUUAUUUAUAGAGGAUUUCAUAAAAAAGACAAAGUAAUAAGAAAGUAAUCCUAUUGACUUAGACUCUUUUCUAACUAAAUUACUUGAUAGUUAGGGCUAAUAAUAAAUAUACACAACUAAUAUAUAUCCUAUUGGGUUAGAAAAAACGGAAGAGCAAAUUGAAUAAGAAACGAAAGAAAUAUAAGAAUCGCCUCAGAAACAAGAAGAGUUUUUGAAUUACCUAUCCCAAAAGUUCAAUUCUAGUUCAUUUCAACUAACUCUCCAAGAGUUUAUACAGUGCACUAAUAUUUCGAUUGGAAUUUUGGAUUUUGUAAUGAUAUUAUUGAUUAUUUAGUGUUAUGAAAAUAAACAUGCCAUUUUGGCUUAGUAGUUACUUUAGUUUAGUUUUGGACUAUUUACUAAGGAUAUUCAAACAAGAUAUAUGUAAGACAUGCUUGUGAAUCAUCAAAUAUGGUAGCAUCGUGAUUAUUGGGAGGCUGUUAUUAUCAAUUAAAUAUCUAAGAUAAAAAAAGGAACGAAAGAAAACAUUAAUACAAGCAUUUUAAGUAUAUUGACUUAAGUAGCAUAACACAUGUUGAUGUUUAAGCUAUCGCCAGAUUUAGUUAGGGACAUUGUUCAAAAGUUUUCUUAAUUUUUUAAAUUAAACAAAGAAAUAGCCGAUGAUCUCAUAGUAAAAUAUAAUUUUUAAUCUAAAUUAGUAAGCCAUUAACAGUUAAGUUUGAGAUAUUAUCCGUG